UCUUUCGUUUCCAAGGGAACGCCUCUUGAUUACAACGCAUGCGCGACAAAUCUUCACCCUUUUCCGCGAACAUCAAAACGCUUGUGCUUCCCCGUGUGGGUGUUUCUCAGCUGACAUUUGUUCGUCAAAUGAGGGCUUGUCAGGUGUUCAUACCCGCUGUGGUCGCUCUCGGAUUAAUUGUCUCUCCUGUGUUUUGCCAAAAUGUGAACUCAAGUGAAAUUCGGACUCAGUUAAACGGCUCUGCCGCUGAUUUCGGGGCAUACAGAAAGCAGUUUCACCGCACGUAUGAAGUAAGCAGCGAGGAAUUUAGUCGCCGUCAUCUCAGUUUUCAGAGAGCUACAAUACGGCACACCUAUCUGAACUCAUUUUCCACAGAAACACAAUCUGCCAAGUAUGGCAUCAACCAAUUCUCUGACCUUUCACAGGAGGAAUUCAGAGAUCUGUACCUGGGAGCAGUCUAUGAGAGAGCUCCUCUCUUCUCUGGACUGAGUGUAAAGGAGCUCCCAGACAAAUUUGACUGGAGGGACAAGGCAGCCGUGGCACCAGUCCAGGACCAACAAGCAUGUGGGAGCUGUUGGGCUUUUAGUGUGGUUGGUGCCAUACAGUCUGUCCAUGCCAUAGGAGGCUCACGGCUGGAGCAGCUCAGUGUGCAGCAGGUUGUUGACUGCUCCUACCAAAACGCAGGCUGCAAUGGAGGCUCCACAACUCGGGCUCUGAACUGGUUAAAACAGAGUAGUAACGUAAUUAUAAGAACACGUUGUGCUGUGUUUUUUCCCAGUGGUCAAGAGAAGGCAAUGAUGGGUCAGCUAGUACAAUAUGGCCCUUUGGUUGCUAUUGUGGAUGCUGUAAGCUGGCAAGAUUACCUGGGAGGCAUCAUCCAAUACCACUGCUCCAGCCAGUGGUCCAACCAUGCUGUCCUGAUUGUCGGCUAUGACACUACCGGGGACAUUCCGUACUGGAUUGUGCAGAACUCCUGGGGAACAAGAUGGGGAAAUGACGGCUAUGUUUAUAUAAAAAUAGGUGGGAACGUUUGUGGCAUUGCAGAUUCAGUGGCAGCUGUUUUUCUUUGACAACAAUGCCUGUAUGAGUCAUGGUGUGCAUGUGUGUGCGUGUGUGUGUGUGUUUGUGUGAGAAUAUCUGUGUGAUUACCAGUGCCAAAUUUCAAAUCAUUCAUCUGUUUGCUUUCGAGUACCACUUUAAAUGUUUUUAUUGUGAUGUAAGCACCACUAAAACCAAAUAAAAUACUUCAUACU